CCUAGAUCCCGCCCCCCCCCCCCACGAGCGGUGUGGAGCGGGGCCGUCCCCGUGGCUGUCCCGGGACGGAGCGCGCCGGGCCGGGUCCUCGCGCCCUGGCCGACAGCCCCGCUUCCUGACGGAAGAGUCCCCGCCCCGCCUCCCCACCCCACCGCAGGCCCCGUCGUCCGGACAGCCUCCGUGAAGCGUCACCGCCCAGGGCCACAGCGCCGCAGGGCAGGGUGGCCACUGCCGCGGGUGUGGAUGUCCCUGAGAAGAUGAAGAGCCAGAUCCCUGUGGUGCUUCUGGCCUGUGGCUCCUUCAACCCCAUCACCAACAUGCACCUGCGCUUGUUUGAAGUGGCCAGAGACCACCUGCACCAAACAGGAAUGUACCGAGUGAUCCAGGGCAUUAUCUCCCCUGUCAGUGAUCACUAUGGCAAGAAAGACCUGGUGGCUUCCCACCACCGGGUGGCCAUGGCCCGGCUGGCCCUGCAGACGUCCAACUGGAUCCGCGUGGACCCCUGGGAGAGUGAGCAGGCGCAGUGGAUGGAGACGGUGAAGGUGCUGAGACAUCAUCACCAGGAGCUGCUCAGAUCCCCACCCCCAAUGGAAUCCGAGGACGAGGGCAAGGCACCAACAGCCCCUGCAGCUGUGCCUGAACUGAAACUCCUCUGUGGGGCCGACGUCUUGAGGACCUUCCAGACCCCCAAUCUCUGGAAGGAUGCACACAUCCAGGAAAUCGUGGAGAGGUUUGGCCUGGUAUGCGUGAGCCGGGCAGGUCAUGACCCCAAAGGGUACAUCUUAGACUCGCCCAUCCUCCGACGGCACCAGCACAAUAUUUACCUGGCCCGGGAGCCCGUGCAGAACGAGAUCAGUGCCACGUACAUCCGGCGAGCGUUGAGCCAAGGGCAGAGCGUGAAGUACCUGCUCCCUGACGCCGUCCUUGCCUACAUCAAGCGCCACGGCCUGUACACCACGGACAGUUCCUGGAAAGGCAGAAGCAGCCCGCGGAGCAAAGGAAACGCGAGCUAGGAGGAACUCACGCCCAGCCAUGCCUCCACCACCACCACCACCACCACCCCCCUCCUCCUGCCACUCAGGGCUUGGUUUUGCUUUGAUGUUUGGCGUUUGCAUUUCUGCCAUCGCACAUUCUGUCUCCAGGUAGCUAGCAGGUCUCUAGGAUUAGGCCACUCACUGGAGGAGACCCCCCCCCUUAUCUUGUGUAAAUGGAAAUUAUGGGGUACAUGCCGAAUAUCGUUCUAAUGGUGGACCCCUGAGGAACAGGUCAGAAUUGCCCGAGUGCAUUUUUGGAAAGACCAAGUCCAGCCUGCUGGUCUUGAUUGGCAGAACUUGACAGGAUGCUAACUCCUGCCCAGUGGCCUCGCCAAUGAUCUUGUUUCAAAGGAAACCAUACUGAGUAAGAGGUCAAAAAUGUAGAAACAAGCACUGGUGGCUCGUACCUGUAAUCACAGCUACUCCAGAGGCUGAAACCUGAGGAUCUCAGUUUGGAGCUAGCCUGGGCAGAUA